ACAGGAAGAGGGUGCAUUGGAUGAGCAGCUGGACGUUGGUUAAUGUUGGACCAAAAAACAGGGAGGGGGAGAUAUUGAUGCAUUCUAAGUUAUGGAGCUAAGACGGACAAACCCCGCAUGCAAUUGUGUUUUACUAUGUGGAAUAACGUUGUGUCUCUUUUUCGGUAAGUACUGGCUACAUUUUUAAAGAAGCUAAUAACAAUCUGAUCGCUAUAGUUGAUAGCUAGCGAGUAGCUAUAGUAGUUUGCAUGCUAACUAGCGGCUAGCAAAAUAUGCGUUAGCUGGCUAGCUAAACAGACGAUAGCAUAGCUAGAAGUGCAUGACUUGGUACGAUCGUCGUAUUUCCAGACAAGGUGUGUGACGCAAAUAUUAACUAUAGAGUGCCUGUUAGCUAGCUUGCUAGUUAUAUGGUUAGCUAGUUAGCUACAUUCUUGACCUAUAGGGUCUGGUUAGCUUGGUUUGUUGGUAGCUAGCUAGAAAUGCUAACCUAGCUAACACAAAACCAAAUAAUAUCAAAAUACACGCGAUGAAGCGCCUGUUGUUGUGAAAUGUGUCACGUGUUGUUGACAUAAUGACCUCAAAACAUUUCUGAAUAUUUUUUUUUGGCAUGAUGAGUAAGAAUUGACCAGGUUAUUGGCUAAAUAUGACUGAUUCAUAGUCUGCGGACAGCAAGUAAAACACAUUUUACUUAGCUAAUGUCAUUUUUUUAUGAAAAGUUAUAAUAAAAUCUGUCAGAAAUUAUUAUUGUAGCGCAUCAUUUGUAGUCUACUAUAGUUUUGAGAUACAACAAUAAUAUCAUAUCGCUUCCAAUGUACUUGGUUUCCAUUAGUGUGUUGCUUGCCCAGGCUGUGUUGGGAUGAAAUUCAAAGGCUUUGAGGGAAAGUGUCCACCUGUUUUAUUAUUGCAUUCUGCACUGUCAGCAUGUUUUUGUCACACUACAUGCCUUCCUCCCUGACCUGGCUCGUUCUAAAUGGAGAAGGUUGCCAAAUAUGUACAGAAAUCUGUUUAACAACCCACUUUUACCUAUGCAAAACUAGUUAACAACAGAGCUCCCGAGUGGCGCAGCGGUCUAAGGCACUACAGACCCUGGUUCGAUUCCAGGCUGUAUCUCAAUUCGGCCGUGAUUGGGAGUCCCGUAGGGCGGCGCACAAUUGGCCCAGCGUCGUCCGGGUUUGGCCAGGGUAGGCGGUCAUUGUAAAUAAGAAUUUGUUCUUAACUGACUUGCCUAGUUAAAUAAAGGUUAAAUAAAAAAAUUAACAGAGAAUAAGAAGCAAAUGCGUCUAUCCUUUUUUCUGCUAGCUGGAAAUGACUUAAGCCUAGCAACUAUAAAGCAUAAAAGCUUUGAUGUAGGCUAUACAUUUAAGUGGCUAUAGAGCCACAAUGCCCUCCCAGCUUCUCAAAUUUGAAUACAUUAAGCAACAAACUAAAUGUUGGUUCUUUAUCAACAGGUACAAAUCUAACAGCGGCCAUAGAGUUGUACGCCCCGGCGGAGGUGCUGGUUGAGAAUGGCACCACGGGGAUCCUCAAGUGUUCCUUCAAGUCCAGGGAAGUGAUCAGUAGCGCAGCCACAGUCACCUGGUCGUUUCGCCCAACGGGAUCCGACCCCGGAAGCGCCGUUUCCGUGAGUGAUUUCUUUCUCUGGGUCCAUGAACAAUUCCCAAGACGUUUCUCUCAGAUCUUCCACCGAGGAGUGUUCUAGCACAAAAUGUUUCCUCUUAUUAUUUAGGCCCACUGCCACAGAAAAGAGCGAGGGAGUAUGUGUGCGUGUGUUUGUGACUGGUCCAAUGAAAGGAAAUGAGCCUGAGGAGUGUUGUGUUAUGUUAUAGGCCACUUCUUCCUGACCAUCUGCCUCCUUCCAUUUCAUGUUUCUCCAAACUUAAAGGAAAACUCCAUCCAAAAAUGAUCAUUUGGUAUUUGUUUCAUUAGUCCAUUGUUGAUAUAGUCCCAAAAUGUUUAGCAUGUCUGCAAUCAAGUUUUCAAGAUAUUUAACUUUCAAAAUACAGAAAUACAGCCAGUAUUUUCCUUCUGUAUUUUGAAAGUUAUGUAUCUUGAAAGCUUGAAUUUAAAAUGUAUUACAUUUAGAUUUGGUGUCACUGGCCUACACACACAAUACUCCAUAAUGUCAGAGUGGAAUUAUGUUUUUAGACAUUUUUUUACAACUUCAUUAGAAAUGAAAAGCUGAAAUGUCUUGAGUCACUAAGUAUUCAAUCCCUUUGUUAUGGCAAGCCUAAAUAAGUUCAGGAGUAAACAUUUACUUAACAAGUCACAUAAUAAGUUGCAUGGACUCACUCUGUGUGCAAUAAUAGUGUUUAACAUGAUUUUUGAAUGACUACCUCAUCUCUGAACCCCACACAAUUAUCUGUAAGGUCCCUCAGUCGAGCAGUGAAUUUCAAACAGAUUCAUCCAAGAAGACCAGGGAGGUUUUCCAGUGCCUCGCAAAGAAGGCCACCUAUUGGUAGAUGGGUAAAAAAUAAAAUAAAAAGCAGACAUUGAAUAUCCUUUUGAGCAUGGUGAAGUUAUUUAUAACACUUUGGAUGGUGUAUCAAUACACCCAGUCACUACAAAUAUACAGGUGUCCUUCCUAACUUAGUUGCCGGAAAGGAAAGAAACCGCUCAGGAAUUUCACCAUGAGGCCAAUGGUGACUUAAAAACCUUUACAGAGUUUAAUGGCUGUGAUAGGAGAAACUGAGGAUGGAUGAAAAACAUUGUAGUUACUCCACAAUACUAACCUAUAUGACAAAGUGAAAAGGACGCCUGUACCGAAUAAAAAAUAUUCUAAAACAUGCAUCCUGUUUUCAAUAAGGCACUAAAGUAAAAUUGCAAAAGAUGUGGCUAAGAAAUUUACUUAAUGUCCUGAAUACAAAGUGCUAUGUUGGGGCAAAUACAACACAUCACUGAGUACCACUCUUCAUAUUUUCAUGCAUGGUGGUGGCUGCAUUACGAUAUGGGUAGACAAAUUCACCGUUCAGCAGGACAAUAACCUAAAACACAAGGCCAAAUAUACACUGGAGUUGCUUACCAAGAGGACAUUGAAUGUUCCUGAGUGGCUUGAAAAUCAAUGGCAAGACUUGAAAAUGGCUGUCUAGCUAUGAUCAACAACCAACUUGACAGAGCUUGGGGAAAAAAAAAAUAUAUAUUGUACAAUCCAGGUGUGCAAAGCUCUUAGAGACAUACCCAGAAAGACUCACUGCUGUAAUUACUGCCAACGGUGAUUCUAAAAUGUAUUGACUCAGGGGGUUGAAUACUUACUUCAUGCUUUUCUUUAAAAUACAAAUGUUAGAAUUUUUUCCACUUUGACAAAAAUCAAUUUCAAUCCAAUUUUAAUUUAACACAACAAAAUGUGGAAAAAGUAAAGGGGUGUGAAUACUUGCUGAAGGUACUGUAUUUUCGCAUUGCUGGGAUUUAUAUGGAAAUGGCAGGAACAAGCAAAACUAUUCCCAUUUCCCUCCCCUAGAGACCUAGCUAGCUGGCUCAUCUUGCUCGUAAUGAUGCACUUGUAUCCGGCCUCGUAACAGAGUGCAGUUGGAGAGGGCGUCACCAACACCAAUACUAGUCCACACAGCUAUCUGUCCCUCUCAUCUUUUAAACAAAUUGACUAUUGAGGAUAUCCGUCUUGUCAUGUAAAUGCUAAACAAAAUCAGUUUGGUACAGUAGUAGAUGCAAACAUACCACCGAGUAUCAGGGGAAUAUUUGAUGUUUUGCUGUUGCUUGGCAAAAGUGCCCAGUCAUGUAGGUAAGCCAUAAGCUUACAACGGUUAAACCUGUUUGCUUGUCUUUCCCAUUUCUGUUAUGAGUCAUUAGCUAUGUCCCAAAUGGCACCCUAUUCCCUAUAUAGCCUAGUAUACCACUUUUUAUUUAUUUAUAAUUUUCUAGUCAUUUAGCAGACGCUCUUAUCCAGAGCGACUUACAGGAGCAAUUAGGAUUAAGUGCCUUGCUCAAGGGCACAUCGACAGAUUUUUCACCUAGUUGGCUCGGGGAUUAGAACCAGCAACCUUUCGGUUACUGGCACAACGCUCUUAACCACUAAGCUACCUGCCGCCCCUACUACUUUUGACCAGAGCCCCAUGAGCACCGUCAAAAGUAGUACACUAUAAAGGGAAUAGGGUGCCAUUUGGGACACUGACAUUGUGUGCAAUUCUUCCACUAUCUAUUUUCUCUUCAGACAUUCUUAUAUUGACCCCCCCCCCAAUGUCUUUUUUGUAGAUUUUCUAUUACACUUCUGGCAAGCACUACCCAGGGAGCGUGGCUCAAUUCAAAGACAGGGUGAAAUGGGCGGGAGACCUGAACAAAAAAGACGCCUCUGUCCAUUUAAUUAAGGCACAGUUCAAUGACAACGGCACCUACUCGUGUGCCGUGAUUAACCCGCCCGACAUAUCUGUCACCGCCGCUCAGACACAGCUCAAAGUCGUCAUCAAAGGUAAACUUGCAAACGGAUUCACAACAGUACAGCAACACUCAAGUCACUUUUCAGCAGGAACUGACCAUGCUCUCUCACAUUGAAGAAUGACUUGGAAUAAAAACUGCCAACUGAGCGAUUACCAAUAUCUUAAUAACCAGGGGUUGAGAAACACUCAUACAAGAGAUUAACCAUUUUAACACUAACACUGAUAUAAUGCCUUGAAAACAUUGAACUGGCAGUAUUGACACAGCUGUGACUUUGUAACAUAAUUGUAAUGUUAUAUGACAACGUUUCAAUGCUUACGUUGUCUUGUUUUGCAGAGUCUCUCCCUCAGAACAGCACUGCUGUCAUAGUGGGCGCCGUGUGUGGCGCUGUCAUCGGGCUCAUUCUCAUCGCCGUGGUUACCUGCCUGAUCAUCAAGAGGCAUCAAACCAGUCAUGAAUACGAAGGGUAAGGCAUCCUCCCUUGUAUAACCAUCGGGGUAGUAGAUAUCUUUAAUAGUACUUUAAUAUCUGGACUUUGGUCAGUAUCAAUCAUUACACCUGACAAUCAGUAUCUGUAGAGUAUCUUAGAAGGAGGCAUCAAAAAAUUCAAUAAUAUGAAAUAUUUGAUCAAACAAAUGAAAUCACACCGGGAACCUUUCUAUCCUUGUGAUAUAAUUUUUUGUGUGCGAAGACUACUCGACUCUGUCAAAAACCAAUUUACUGCAUGCAGUUAAUGGCUCUUGACGAGGUCAAUGAAAAGGAACUGCAUCUCUGAAAUUUUCUGAAAGCAACCCUUGCCGUGAAUGGAGCUCUACUUUCAACAAAUGUUUUCAUGGCCUCUUUGGUUGUGGGGUCUGCCUGAAUCUCUCUUCUCUCUCCUUCCUAACCUCCCCCCUGGCAUGUCUCCUGAGUCACAAACACAUACACACACACACUAACGUUCUUAGUCAGCAGACCUUAACACUUAGCCCUACCUCCGCUGCAUGGGAUAUGGGGGUUGGGUUACGAUGGCUGUGAUUGUCGCUUGUGUCCUCUCUCUUGGAAUAAUAAAAUAACAUGUUUGCUAUUAAAACAUUUGAUGUGUUCAAAAAAUAUUCAAUGGUAGAGCAUGGCGCUUGCAACGUCAGGAUAGCGUGUUCGAUUCCCGGGACCACCUGUACGUACUUUUUUUUAUGUACGCUUGACUGUAAGUCGCUUUGGAUAAAAGCACCUGUUAAAUGGCAUAUGUUAUUAUUAUAUAUGAAUGAAAACUCAGAAGAAAGACGCGGCUGGAUUUUCCAGUGUUUGUGUGUUGGCUACGUGGAGUUAGACUGUACCAGUGGUACUUGUAAAUGCCCUAUAACCAUGAUGAAUUACUUACUGAACUAGUAGGUGUCAGAUCUGCUUAGCUCAAAUGGGUGCUCCAGGUUUACCAUGAGAGACCGGAGUGGAGGAAGUCCCACGAUCUCCAACUAGGUGUUUAGAGGGUAGGCUAAAUGCCAAGCGUAGACACUUCUCUCUUUUCUCUCUGAAUCACAUGAUUAGUUACAAGGUUUUUCAUGACCUAGGCCUAAUAUAAAGCAUGAGUUGACACACCCAAAUAAGUAGGGGUGCUGACUAACGGAAUAGUACAAUUAUGAAAACACUCUAAGAUAGACUCGCAAUGAUUUAAUGCGUAUAAAACACCAAGGUGUGCGACUUUCUUACGUUUUUCAUAUCACAUUACAUUCAAACAGAUAAUUUUUUUAACCACUGUAAUCAAAACCAUGCAUCUAGUCUCAAUUCGAGAGAAAAAUAUAUAUAAUUAGUCUAUCAUCCAAAUCACCAUAAUUAUUGACAACGAUGUUGCACGUAGAAAGACCAGAGAUGUUGCUUUCCAAGAUCUGUCUGUCAAUGCCCACAGUGACGGAUAAAAACAAAGUGCAUCGUUAAGCUUGGCUUGUCAUCUAACGUUCAUGUUGUUGUCUGCCGCUCACGUCCCUCAUCCACUUCUGACCACUAACCCCUUCCUCUUCUGUUUCACUGUCAUGUGGCUCUCCUGUUUCCUCUAACGCUACCUCCUGAACAAUAUACAUUGCCUUCAGAAAGUAUUCAUACCCCUUGACUUAUUCCACAUUUUGUUGUGUUACAGCCUGAAUUCAAAAUGGAUUAAAAAUAAAAAACAUUCUCGCUAGGGCUGACCCCAUAUUGUCGACUGGUCGAUUGUUUGGUCGAUAGGCUGUUGAUCGACCAAUAUUAUUUUAGUAGAGCAGUGGCAAAUAUAUAACUAUUUAAAAAAGUUAUGGGACAUGAGACACCUGUCUGAUUCUCGCCUGUCUGAGUGGACUGAUCUAUUGCGGAUGGCACACCAGUAUCACCAGUAGUAUAUUUACAGUAAAUUACCAUAGUUUCUCAUCUACAAUGUUUGUUUGGUUACAGUAAUUUCUGUUAAUGCAUUCAAUAUAUUAUUAUUACAGUCGUACCGUUGUCAUUGUAGGAGUGGACACGUUGUUUGCAGGUUUAUUUCAUUCCAAUUAUGAGUUACUUUUGUUUGGAGCGCUCCUGUCAAUCUUGAGUAAGGACACAAAACCUGGCCUGCGAUUACCACUCAGCAUGAAAGAGGGAAAAUAAUUCAAGCUCUGAUCCGGUGCAAACGUUAUAGAAUAGGCCUACCUGAUUACUUAUCCCUUGCGCAAAUAGCCUACUGCUGUGUCUGUCCCGAGCUAACUGGAGUGGGAAACUCUGAGGGCCCAGAAUAUUUUAUACAAUGUUGCAAGUUUGCUAGAAUAUUGGCAAUGGCAAUAGAAGUUACGUGUAGAUUUGUAUCAUUUUCAUUUAGAUAGAAUUUUGAUUAACCACAUGACAUUGAUUUUGAGAUAUAAAGACAUUAUUAUAAAUGAAAUGAAACUGUUCCACGAAAAUGUGCAUAUGAAAAUCAUAACUGGCACGCGGAUCAAUAGAAAUGGUAUGAUUACUUGGCACUCCAAAUGGAAAAGGUUACCGAAUGCUGGUGUAGCCUAUUACCGGCAACUUCAGGAGCGGAGGGAACAGGUUUUUUUCAUCUGGUUAUGGGAAAUAUGAGUCUCUGCUUCCCUCUUUAGUAAUUUGUGUGUCUUAAUUUUUAAUUGCGUUGCUUAAAGCAUCAGACAAGCUCAGUAGCCUACAUAGGGCUGUCCCCCCCCAAAAAAAUCAAUGGUCGAAAUUUUAAUGAGUGUAUUUUUCCAUAUAUAGGCACACAUAGGGUAUGUCUAUAUAUGGAAAAAUACACUCUUUAAAAUUUCGACCAAACAAUUGGUCGAGAGAACAGACGACUCUAGGUCGGCCAAGAUUCUUUUGUUGUUGGGGACAGCCCUAUUUCUCACCCAUCUACACACAAUACCCCAUAAUGCAAAGUGAAAACAUGUUUUUAGAAAUGUUUGCAAAUUUAUUGAAAAUGAAAUGCAGAAAUAUCUAAUUUAUAUAAGUAAUCACACCCCUGAGUCAAUACAUGUUAGAAUCACCUUUGGCAGUAAUUACAGCUGUGAGUUUUUCUGGGUAUGUCUCUAAGAGCUUUACACACCUGGAUUGUACAAUAUUUGCACAUUAUUCUUUUUAAGAUUCUCCAAGCUCUGUCAAGUUGGUUGUUGAUCAUAGCUAGACAGCCAUUUUCAAGUCUUGCCAUAGAUUUUCAAGCCGAUUUAGGUUAAAACUGUAACUAGGCCACUCAGGAACAUUCAAUGUCCUCUUGGUAAGCAACUUCACCACCAUGCUUGAAAAUAUGAAGAGGUAAUCAGUGAUGUGUUGUGUUGGAUUUGCCCCAAAAAUAACGCUUUGUAUUCAGGACAUAAAGUUAAUUUCUUUGCCACAUUUUGCAGUUUUACUUUAGUGCCUUAUUGCAAACAGGAUGCAUGUUGGAAUAUUUUUUUGGGAAAACCUCCCUGGUCUUUGUGGUUGAAUCUGUGUUUGAAAUGUACUGCUCGACUGAGGGACCUUUACAGAUAGUUGUAUGUGUGGGGUAGAGAGAUGAGGCAGUCAUUCAAAAACCAUGUUAAACACUAUUAUUUCACACAGAGUGAGUCCAUGCAGCUUAUUACGUGACUUGUUAAGCACAUUUUAACUCCUGAACUUAAUUAGGCUUGCCAUAACAAAGGGGUUGAAUACUUAUUGACUCAAGACAUUUCACAAUUUCACUUUGACAUGGGGUAUUAUGUGUAGGCCAGUGACACAAAAUCUCAAUUUAAUCAAUUUUUAAUUCAGGCUGUAACACAACCAAAUUUGGCAAAAGUCAAGGGGUGUGAAUACUUUAUGAAGGUGCUGUACAAAUGCUCUUCAAGUCUCACAAAAAGCUAAAUGCUAACAGAGUUUUAAGAUUAAUUUCUAUCACUUAAAAAAAAAAAAUCUAUAAAUUAAUAUUUUGGAGUCCUAGGCCCAUAUUCAUGACGUGUCUUAGGGUAAGAGAGCUAGUCUAGGAUCAGUUUUUACAUUUAGACCACAAUUAGUAAUAUUACAGGGGGGGACCUGAUCCUAGAUCCCUCAAACACAACUCUGGACAUCGAAGCCAGUUCCACUGCAUUUUUAAUUGUUCCCCUCGAAUCAGGGACUGAUUUAGUGGGUGCAAUGAAUUAUCAGGUAGAACAGAAAACCAGCAGGCUCCGGACCUCGUAGGGUAAGAGUUGAAAAUCCCUGUCCUAGAUCAUCACUCCUACUCUGAGACGGUUGAUACAGAUCCUGGUUAGAUGUGAACCGAGAGAUCUUGUAGAGAGUGUACAAACUGACCUUAUUAUAUAGUGCACUACUAUUGACCAGCACCAAAAUUUGCUUCGGGGGAGUGCCAUGUUUGCUCUUCAGUUUAGUUUAUUAGGAUCCCCAUUAGCUGUUGCACAUGCAGCAGCUACUCUUCCUGGGGUCCACAUAAAACAUAAAAUACAUGACAGAAGUACAGAACAGUUACGUACAAGAACAACAUAAGAUAUUAUUACAUUAAAAUUACAAUUUAAAAAUCAUUGUCAAGGCACCAAGAGACCAAAACAAUAAAUAAAAUAAGUGUGUUUAUUGGACCACUGACUGACAUUGGUAUGACUGACAUACAACACUAAUCUUUCAUGUGUGUGAUCACAUCAUUAUCUCAUUGGGGUGGGGAAUGUUUUUCCCUAAUCCACUUCUUUAUUUAUUGUCUUAUCUUAUUGACCAAUUGAUUGUCGCAUAGACUAUUAGAUAAAGUCAAUGUUUUUAAGUCAAUGUUGUUAUGUUAAUGCUGUUUCUUAGUCUUUUGCAAAGCUGCAGUAACUUUUCAACUAUAUUUACAGUUGAAGUCGGAAGUUUACAUACACUUAAGUUAGAGUCAUUAAAACUUGUUUUUCAACCACUCCACAUAUUUAUUGUUAACACUAGUUUUGGCAAGUCGGUUUGGACAUCUACUUUGUGCAUGACACAAGUAAUUUUUCGAACAAUUGUUUACAGACAUAUUAUUUCACUUAUAAUUCACUGUAUCACAAUUCCAGUGGGUCAGAAGUUUACAUACACUAAGUUGACUGUGCCUUUAAACAGCUUGGAAAAUUCCAGAAAAUGAUGUCAUGUCUUUAGCAGCUUUUGAUAGGCUAAUUGACACAAUUUGAGUCAAUUGGAGGUGUACCUGUGGAUGUAUUUCAAGGCCUACCUUCAAACUCAGUGCCUCUUUGCUUGACAUCAUGGGAAAAUCAAACGAAAUCAGCCAAGACCUCAGAAAAACAAUUGUAGACCUCCACAAGUCUGGUUCAUCCUUGGGAGCAAUUUCCAAACACCUGACGGUACCACGUUCAUCUGUACAAACAAUAGUACGCAAGUAUAAACACCAUGGGACCACGCAGCCAUCAUACCGCUCAGGAAGGAGACGCGUUCUGUCUCCUAGAGAUGAAUGUACUUUGGUGCGAAAAGUGCAAAUCAAUCCCAGAACAACAGCAAAGGACCUUGUGAAGAUGCUGGAGGAAACAGGUACAAAGGUAUCUAUAUCCAUAGUAAAACAAGUCCUAUAUCGACAUAACCUGAAAGGCCGCUCAACAAGGAGGAAGCCACUGCUCCAAAACCGCCAUACAAAAGCCAGACUACGGUUUGCAACUGCACAUGGGGACAAAGAUCGUACAAAAAUAGAACUGUUUGGCCAUAAUGACCAUCGUUAUGUUUGGAGGAAAAAGGGGGAUGCUUGCAAGCUGAAGAACACCAUCCCAACCAUGAAGCAUGGGGGUGGCAGCAUCAUGCUGUGGGGGUGCUUUGCUGCAGGAGGGACUGGUGCACUUCACAAAAUAGAUGGCAUCAUGAGGAAGGAAAAUUAUGUGGAUAUAUUGAAGCAACAUCUCAAGACAUCAGUCAGGAAGUUAAAGCUUGGUCGCAAAUGGGUCUUCCAAAUGGACAAUGACCCCAAGCAUACUUCCGAAGUUGUGGCAAAAUGGCUUAAGGACAACAAAGUCAAGGUAUUGGAGUGGCCAUCACAAAGCCCUGAUCUCAAUCCUAUAGAAAAUGUGUGGGCAGAACUGAAAAAGUGUGUGCGAGCAAGGCCUACAAAACCUGACUCAGUUACACCAGCUCUGUCAGGAGGAAUGUGCCAAAAUUCACCCAACUUAUUGUGGGAAGCUUGUGGAAGGCUACCUGAAACGUUUGACCCAAGUUAAACAAUUUAAAGGCAAUGCUACCAAAUACUAAUUGAGUGUAUGUAAACUUCUGACCCACUGGGAAUGUGAUGAAAUAAAUAAAAGCUUAAAUAAAUCAUUCUCUCUACUAUUAUUCUGACAUUUCAUAUUCUUAAAAUAAAGUGGUGAUCCUAACUGACCUAAAACAGGGGAUUUUUAUUAGGAUUAAAUGUCAGGAAUUGUGAAAAACUGUGUUUAAAUGUAUUUGGCUAAGGUUAUGUAAACUUCCGACUUCAACUGUAUAAGCAUCUGCUCAUUGUUCCCAUACAGAUGCAUGCCUUGUUAAUCUUCCAGGACAGUGUCUCUGCCCAAUGUAUGUCACUCCUGCCAACCUCUCCUCCCAGCCACUUGGAGCAGUCAUUUCAAAAUGUGCAGCAUAACUCAUGUGAAAUCUGCCCAUCUCUCAUUUGCAUUUGUAUCUGUCUCCCAUGUCUUCUCCUGUGUCUGACUGUAUGUGUCCAUGUCGACCAUUUCUCUGUGCGCCAACGCUUCCCGAACUGCACAAAACAAACCACCUUCUCCGAUUCAUAAACACCUCCCCCGGUGCAAAAACUAGCUGCACCUCAGUGGCAAGAGUGAGCUCCCACGCCACACGCCCGGGGGAGAAGAAGCACGAGUCCAGCUCGGAGGGCUCCAGGUGUAGCAGCCCCUCCGCCCCGGUCCAGGUAGGCGCUACAGUGAGUGACUCAAACCAACCAUCCACACCCACUGUUGCACAGGGACACUAACAGGGGGAGAGGGAUCCACUAACUAACUAUAGCUGAGAUGCACUACAGCAUUAGCCUAUCCCAGAUCUAAUUGUACUCUUGCCAACUCCAUUGCUGUCAUUGUUGAGUCAACAUUUGGCGUGACAAUUCCAUAAGUAGUUGGCAAGAGAACAAAAACAGACUAGUACCUAGCUACUACAGCAUAGGCCAGGGUUUCCCAAACUCGGUCCUCGGGACCCCAAGGGUGCACGUUUUGGUUUUUGCCCUAGCACUACACAGCUGAUUCAAAUAAUCAACUUAUCAUCAAGCGUUGAUAAUUUUAAUCAGCUGUGUAGUUAGGGCAAAAAAUAACGUGUACCCCUUGGGGUCCCGAGGACCGAGUUUUGGGAAACGCUGGAAUAGGUUUUCAAGCUGAUCUCUUUGAUGGCUUUAGUGUCUGCUUGUCUAUCUUCUUUAGUUUUUCAUCCAUCUGAUUUCUGAUCUUGGAAACCAGUGUUGUGUUCAGAACAGGAACAUUGUAACAAAAUGUUGACUUUUCUACCUACUGAACGAGACCCAGGUGGACACACUCCCUAACAUACUAGCAGAUACCCAUAGACUUCCAGUCAUUGCGCUAACGCUAGUUAGCAUUGGCUCACGAAACUACCUCUAACUUCCUUCAAACUGGACACAGAAACAUACAAAUGGUAUCCACAAGUUCAUCUGACUCUGGGGAAGUAGAUAACGGGCCUCAUUACCAGAAUCCCAAAGUAUCCAUUUAAAACAACUGACAAGCAUUGGAGUGUAAUGUCCCUUUAAGUCUAAGGGAGAGAUCCAUAGACAUUGCGGCCAUCGAGUCCUGGCGGCGGAUACCCCUGCUCUACAGACUGACUAAAUCAGUGGUCACCAACCCUGGAGCAGGCUUUUGUUCUAGCCCAGCAGUGACCCACCUGAUCCAACUAAUCCACCUGAUCCAACUAAUCAUCAAGACCUUGAUGAAUGGAAUCAGGUGUUUUGGUGCUGGACUGAAACAAAAGCCUGCACAUCCUGUAGUUCUCCAGGACCAGGAUUGGUGACCACUGAAUGACGUAAUACAUUUUACAAGUAAUGCGUGAGAUCACUCUCAUUCUGGUUAAGCUCUAAAUGCUUAUGUCAAGAACAACUGGCUGGAGUGUCACGGCAUCCCCUUUUGCAAAGCUGCUGUUGCUGACCUAAGCAUGUAUAGAUGUUCAUGUUGUUCCUAUGAAGGUGUUAUGCAUUGCUUAUGAAAGUUCAAAGGAGGCCUCUGACGAUAUUAUCAAACACUAAUAUUGUAGGCCUAUGUCUAGGAAAAGGAGAACCUUUAUUAUUUUUGUGUCUCUGAGAGGCGCUUGUUUGUGGUCGACUUUGCCGGUUGACUGGUUUAGUUUGCUGAUCUUGUGAGGGACAGUCUUGAGAUGCGCCUCUCCCUCAUUACAUUAAGAGACGUGUCCACAUUCCACCGUCAGCCAAAACAUGAAGGUGUAAUGUACUGUACUUUGCCGUUGUAUGCGUGUUGUUGUUUUCCCCCCAUCUAUGUUUCGAGUUUUUAUGAGGUUUUUUUGGUGUGAUUUUUGAGCCCAGUGGUCGGUAGAAAUGACUCCCUGAAGAUAAGAAGAAAAUGGCGCCCUCUUCUUCUACACACUCACACAGCCCAGAUGUAGUCCCAAGCUGUGCUAGAUGGGAGAAAAAAACAAAUGUUUUGUUUUGCGCAACAAUCUGGCAUUGUUAUCUUCAUUAUCUGGCUUCAUUCAGAAGCAAUGGGCCAAAUAUCUUCCAUUAACAACACUACUUUGAUAUGUGUUUGUUAUUUGGCAUUGCUAUCUGCAGUUGUCCCCGCUUAAAUCCCACAGCCAUUUACGUUUCCUACGGCCAUUUGAACUUGACAGCUAAACCAGUGUAACAUGUAUUGUUAUUAACACAAUUUUCCUCCUUCCCCUUUGCCUUAUCUCCCCACCCAUCCAUCUGCUCAUCACAACAGGGGCCGGUGAUAUACGCCCAGUUGGAUCACUCGGGCACCAAGAACCCCAACUCAUUCCACAAGAUGGAGCCAGUGGUGUACGCAGACAUAAGGAAAAACUGAAACGGGGUGGGGGGAGAACUGGAGACCAAAAGGGAAAGGCCACCAUAGCUCACUGCUUUGGGAUGGGUGG